AAUAGUUUGCGAAGGAAGUAUAGAAUCUUAUACUUCUGCAACUAGUUGGAACGGUGAUUUUGUGCAGAACAUGUUAUAUUCUUAACAUUUUUCAGUUUAAAUACGUCCUGACUACAUAAAUAAAUGUUCGUUUUUGAAACUAUUAAAUGAAGCUAUUUUUUAUUAUCGAACUAUUAAGUAAACUGAAAGUCUGAGCUUUUUAAACAAUAAUUUAAUGCAUUUUAAUACAACUAUCGAAUUAUUACAAAUCGGCUUUUAUUUUACUAUUUUCUAACGAAAACAUUUUUGCCAUCAAUAGUACUGUAAGUGUAGGCGUUAUAAAUUCUCUAAAAUGAUCCUAGAUGUCGUGAUGAAACGUUUGAUCCAUUUAUCUCGUCUAGUUUAUAUUUCUUAACGUUUCUAUUCUCAUUGUUCGCUACUUUUAUGUGAAAAAAGUUUUAGUUUAAUAAACCACUGUAAAAUGAAUAUAAUGCAUACGUUACGAUUUAGCUGUCAAAGGAAUAUCCAUCAAAUUCGCCAAUUUCACAAAUGUAUUAUUCAACAAUCAGAAGUUACAGCUGCUGCUGCAGCUAGUACAACUUCUGUGUCUGAGUCUGUUUCUACACAGCAAGAACCAGUUAAUGCUAAAAUAGAGAUGAUCGCCAAUCACAUCGUUUCUUUAAAUCUUAUAGAAGUAGCUCAAUUGAGUGACUUACUUAAAAAAAGAUUAAACUUGCCAGAUGCACCUGUAAUGCCUAUGGGUGGUUUUGUUAGUGGUGCACCAAAAGUAGAAGCAGACAGUAAUGAACCCCAAAUAGUACAAACUGCAUUUAGUAUUAAACUUACUGGUUUUGAUGAAAAACAAAAGAUUGCUCUAAUAAAAGAGAUAAAGGCCAUAUUACCAGAUUGUAAUCUUGUCCAGGCCAAAAAGUUUGUUGAGAGUAUACCAGCCACAAUCAAAUCUGAUAUCCCAAAAGAAGAGGCUGAAAAGAUACAGGAAAUCGUCACCAAAGUUGGUGCUACAGUUGAAAUUAUUUAAUUCCUUUAUGUAAAUAUGUACGGAAAUUCAUCUUUUAUGGAUUUAAUAGAGUUUUAUAAUAAAGUAAGCAUUUAUAAUGAUCCAUUAAACAAAAAUAAAAUAAUUCCACUAUUUUAUCAUUUUAUCAACUUA